GCUGUCAGUCUUGCUGCUCACAUGUUGGUUUGCCUGGGCUGGGAGAGCUGGGGAGAGAACGAUGCAAGGAGUCGGCUGGGGAGCUGCCCUGACAAUCCAUCCCAUGUCUGUGCGCUGCUGCUAGCCGCCCGAUGCCUUCAAUCCAUGGCUGCCCGCCUGCCGCCUCUCCCCUGAGCUCGCUGGCCAUGCUCUAUAGACCCGGGGGCGGCGGCCACCUGACAGCGGUGGGCUUCCUCCUGCUAACUUUCUGGCUUCAGGCUUCCCAGUCCACGGGUUAUUUCGAGCUGCAGCUGAACUCGCUGAAGAAUGUCAACGGAGAAUUGUUGAGCGGGGAAUGCUGCGAUGAUCUGAAGAGCGCCCACAACCAGGACUGCACCAAGGAUGAAUGUGACACCUAUCUCCGAGUGUGCCUCAAGGAGUUUCAGGCCAAGAUCACCCCCACUGGACCGUGCAACUACGGUUCUGGACUUACUUCGGUGCUUGGUGGAAAUAUUAUCUAUAUGAACAACAAAUUCAACCAGCAGGGUAAAAACCCUGGGGAGAACGGCAGGAUUAUUAUCCCUUUCCAGUUUGCAUGGCCGAGAUCGUUUACAUUAAUUUUGGAGGCUUGGGACUGGGAUAAUGACACUAAAGUGGAUGAGAGCCUCUUGAUCGACCGUGUUCCUCAUGCUGGAGUCAUCAACCCCGAAGACCAGUGGACACCCUUGGUCUUACAUGGCCACGUUGCUCACUUUGAUGUGAAAAUCAGAGUCAAAUGUGAUGAAAAUUACUAUGGAGUAAUGUGCAACAAGCUUUGCCGGCCAAGGAAUGACUUUGUUGGCCACUAUACCUGUGACCAUAAUGGCAACAAGGCUUGCAUGGAUGGCUGGAUGGGGGAAGAAUGUAAACAAGCUAUUUGCAAGCAAGGAUGCGACUUGUUGCAUGGUGGAUGCUCUGUUCCUGGGGAGUGCAAGUGCCAUUAUGGAUGGCAAGGUGACUACUGUAGCAAGUGCGUUCCAUACCCCGGCUGUGUACAUGGGAGUUGCCGAUUGCCAUGGGAGUGUAACUGCGAGACAAACUGGGGCGGCCUCCUCUGCGAUAAAGAUCUCAACUACUGUGGAACUCAUCAUCCUUGUUUAAAUGGUGGAACAUGCAUGAAUACAGAGCCUGACAAAUAUCAUUGUGCUUGUGCUGAUGGAUAUUCCGGGAAGAACUGUGAAAUAGCUGAACAUGCCUGUGCCUCCAACCCCUGUGCUAAUGAUGGCGUCUGUCAUGAAGUCUCCACUGGAUUUGAGUGCCAUUGUCCUCCUGGUUGGACUGGACCCACCUGUGCAAUUGACAUUGAUGAAUGUGAAUCCAACCCUUGUGCGAGUGGAGGAAUCUGUAAAAACCUAAUUAAUGGCUUUGAGUGCCUUUGUCCUCCACAGUGGGCUGGAACCACCUGUCAGCUGGAUGCUAAUGAGUGUGAGGGAAAACCCUGUUUUAAUGCUUAUUCUUGCAGAAAUCUGAUUGGUGGAUAUUACUGUGUCUGCAUUCCAGGAUGGACAGGAAUUAACUGUCACAUUAAUAUUAACGAAUGCCGUGGCCAGUGUCAAAAUGGAGGCAUUUGCAAGGACAAGUUAAACGGCUACCGGUGCAUUUGCCCUCGGGGCUUUGUUGGGAAGAACUGUGAGGUAGAGGUGAAUGAAUGCUCUAGCAACCCAUGUCAGAAUGGAGGAGUGUGUGAAGACCUGGUCAAUGGUUUUCACUGCGGCUGUCCACUCGGCUAUGCUGGCACCACAUGCGAGGUCGAUAUUGACUUGUGUGACCCUAACCCAUGCCAGAAUAAAGCCCCAUGCUACAACCUACGUGGAGAUUAUUACUGUGCAUGCUCUGAUGAUUUCGAUGGAAAGAAUUGUUCUCAUCUUAAAGAUCACUGCAAAGAUGGAUCUUGCAAAGUCAUAGACAGCUGUACAAUAGCGAUUUCUACUAAUGCCACCCAGGAAGGUAUCCGUUACAUCUCUUCCAAUGUCUGCGGGCCUCACGGACGCUGCAUUAGUCUGCCUGGAGGGAAUUUCACCUGUUCCUGCAACCGAGGCUUCACUGGGGCCUAUUGCCAUGAGAACAUAAAUGACUGUCUUGGAAAUCCCUGCAAGAAUGGCGGCACUUGUACCGAUGAAAUUGACUCGUUUAAGUGUUUUUGUCCAAACGGUUGGGGUGGAGAGUUUUGUGACAUAAAUUACAACGACUGUAACCCCAAUCCAUGCCAGAAUGGUGGUCGGUGCAUUGACCUGGUCAACGAUUUUGUCUGCCAGUGUGAGAAUGGAUGGAAGGGCAAAACCUGUCACUCACGUGAAUACCAGUGCGAUUCAAACACCUGCAGUAAUGGGGGUACAUGCUACGAUACCGGAGACACCUUCCACUGCCUUUGCACUUCAGGAUGGGAAGGAGCCACUUGUAAUAUUGCCAAGAACAGCAGCUGCCUUCCCAACCCCUGUGCAAAUGGUGGUACUUGCGUGGGCAACGGAGAUUCCUUCUCUUGUAUGUGUAAAGAAGGUUGGGAGGGACGUACCUGCACGCAGAAUACCAAUGAUUGCAAUCCCUACCCAUGUUACAAUGGUGGAAUUUGUGUUGAUGGUGUGAACUGGUUUCGCUGUGAAUGCGCACCUGGAUUCGCUGGACCUGAUUGCAGGAUUAACAUCGAUGAAUGCCAGUCUUCCCCUUGUGCAUACGGUGCCACUUGUAUAGAUGAAAUAAAUGGCUACAAGUGCACCUGCCCUUCAGGACGAGCUGGGCUGCGCUGCCAGGAAGUGAUUGGCUUUGGAAGAUCUUGUUGGCUGAAAGGAACACAGUACCCUCACGGAAGCAAAUGGGAUGAGGAAUGCAAUAUCUGUCACUGUCUGGAUGGGGCUAUUGAGUGUACCAAGACUUGGUGUGGCCGUAAGCCCUGUUUGCCGGAAAAACGUCCUGAUAAGAGCCAGUGUCCCCAAGAUCAGGAAUGUGAGCCGAAGUUCUCAUCUGCAAAAUGCCUCCAACCACCAUGCAGAGAAUGGGGUGAAUGCAGCGCCCCCGACAGGCCUCAGAUUGUCAAAUGCUUGCCCAACACCGGCUACUUGGACAAUAACUGUGCCCGGAUAACCUUAAUCUUCAGUACCGAGAAAAUUCCACAGGGAACCACAGUAGAAAACAUUUGCUCGGAGAUCCGAUAUUUGCCAUCCAUUCGGACAGUAUCAAAAGACCAACAGCUUAUACUCCUGUGCGACUUCUCGUACUCAACGGAAAAAGCAGUAGAAGUUGCAGUAGCGUUUGUCUCACAAACUGAUAGUCAUGACAAGAGCCUUAUUCAAGACGCUGCCAAUACAAUCGUCAAUGCCAUCACCAAAAGGCAAAACAGUACGGUUAUGCAGGCCAUCAUGGAAGUGAAAGUUGAAACCGUUGUGGUGGAUGGCUCAAGUUCGGAUUAUCUUGUCCCAGUGCUUUGCGUUGUGUUUGGUAUCGUUUGGGUAACAUGCAUAAUCAUUUGUGUCUGGUGGAUGCGAAAGCGAAGAAAAGAGCGAGAGAGAAGGCGGGAAACCCGCGAAAAUGAAACAAACAACCAACGUCAGCCUUUGAACCCAAUUUGGAACCCAAUUGGGGUGCCUUAUAGAGACAUUCAAUAUGAAUGCAAAAACCUUCUUUACAACCAAAACAGAACUUCUGCCUCUGAUGAGGCGAUGAAAGAGGAUGUGGUGGAUAAAGAGGAGGACACAGGGGAGGAUGAGUGCCUCUCAGAGAAAUACUCAAAGACUUCUAUAAGCAUAGGAGACGCUGACUGCUCCAAAAAUUCCGCUGUAAAAAAACCGCAUCGGACAGACUACGACAAAAAGGUUAACACCUGUGUUAAAAAUGUGAACGCCCCCCACUGAAGGAAAAAAAAAGCCGGAGCUGUAGAAAAAGGACAUUGUGCCUAAGCUAGGAAUAAGACAAGGAGUGACAGAAUUCAUCUCCAAUAAGAGAAAUUGGUCCUUCUACCACUACCCCGGGGGUCUUUGGGUUCUUGCCUGGCAAUAUCCACCAAAGUCCCCUUUUUCAUCUGGACGUACAGUUCCGGACUAAAAUCUGGACUCUGUUAAUCUGUUAAUUUCUUUAUGUAAAAAAAAAAGUUAUUUUUUUCUAUUUUGUUGUUGUAGUCUUUCUACAUAAGUUAUUUGUGACAACAACAAAAAAAGACAAAAAAGA